ACCAUCAUAUCACAACGAUGAACGUCAACUUUAGAGAUGCGCCGCCGACAAUUCUGCACGUAGAUGAGCAGGUCAUUCGAGCAGGUAAAGGUAUCUCAGACCUUUUUCCCAGUCCGUCAGUCACUAUUCAAGCGCGUUACGCUGUUCCGCGGUCACACGGCAAUGGCGAUGUCAGUAUGACAGAUGGCCAGGGCGAAGGUUCUUCAUCUUCUGCAAACUGGAUCGUGGGACAGGGACUCGACGCGGCACAGUCAGAGCUCAGCUUUGAGGAGAAAUGGGAAGUUAGAUGGCCUUUCCGGUCUUCCAAACGGGCAGAAGAUUGGGUCGGAAGAGAGUAUAUCUUACAACACGUAUUCACUCUUUUGGACAUCAAAGUCUCCGCGAACCCUUCUCCACUCAUGCUCAUUCCUCCUUCCGAUCUGUCUCUUGAUGCCUCGGCACUCUACACUCAGCUAGCAUUCGAAGAGCUUAAUGUUCCUGGCUUGACAAUCCUCUCUCUCCCGCUCGCAUCCCUCUACGCACUCGGUGCACUUUCAGGCAUCAUCAUACAUAUCGGUGCUGAGCAGAGCAAUGUCUCGAUAGUCACAGAGUCCAUCGUCAGAGACGAGUGCACGACACGUAUACCUAUCGGUCUGACUCACUGUUUGGCGCAUUUGGAACGACUGCUUUUGAUCGAUUUCGCGUUGGACAAGGAGCUCAGAAUGGCGCGUGGGUCAGGAGAUAGCGAGCCUUGGUCUGCGGGCGAGAAGGAACGCCUGGUCAAGGAGGUCAUAACAGUUCUGUGGAUGGAAAACGCGUCAGAGAUUGAAGCCCCCACCUCGACUGGCGAGGUGAUGCACAAAGUCCGAGAAGAAGCAGAGACCGACGAUACAUUUGACGUGGCAAAGAAACUCGUUGGAGAUGCUGCACCGGCCCCUCAGCCAAAGAAGAAGGCUCCAGCUCCGACCGCAGGCGCUACCGAUACCAUCUCUAUAUCGAUUCCGUCUUUCGCUGAGAAGACCAUCACUAUUGGACCGAUAAGACACAAACUCUGUGAACCACUGUUGCGCGGUAUCAAUGGUCAAGAGAGCCUGUGGGAAGCUGUUGGGAGGGCUGUCGAGAGCCCAGGAUUGAUUCCUGCCGAGCGGAUGGCGAUUUGGGAUGGGAUCGGUGUGGUCGGCGAGAUGGCCAAAAUCAAGUCAUUCGCACCGGCAUUCGUGACCUAUCUCUCACCGCUCCUGCUCUCCUCGGCGGAGAUCCCAUCGGAUGUCCAGCCGGCCAAGGCGAGAUUGUUGUCGAUCCCCGACUACUUUGCCAAUUUCAAAGGCAACAGUACAGAUAUGGCACCCUUCUUAGGCGGAUCCAUGGUCGCCAAGUAUGCCUUUUCAGAUUAUGCCGGAAAGCACUGUAUCACCAAAGUGGACUACAAUGCAAAGGGUCCAGCUGCUAUAUAUACUGCGGGCAUCGGAGAAGAGCGGUAAUGCAUAUACUAUAGUGGUCUCAGUCGUAUUCCAAAUGCUGCAGAGACGUUCAGACGAGCAGCUGAAACAUGGAGGAUGUACGGGCAUGUUUCAACCAAAAUGAUUAUUCCGAAAAUCCCAAC